AUGGGGAGUCGCAGUCGCAGUCUCAGGGGACGAAUGCCAAUGGAGAUCCUGAGACGCAGGAGAGUGUUUGAGCUUUUUUCGUACAUUUUUUGUUUCUGUGUGGUGGUGAUUGAUGUCAACACAGACACGGGCAAACGAUUCAUUGGUAUCGCCACUCUUGUUUGGUCAAAGCUGAGGACGCAUCAUCCUCAGGUAACAUGGGCAUUUUUUUUCUUUUUUUUUUCGUUUCAGAUUGCCUGUUUUAUUACCCUUUUUUUCCUAUUCUUUCUGCUGAAGGGCUAUAUGGUGGGUUUAGGGAAAGGAAAGGGAGUGUGGGUGGUGCAUGGGACACUGGUGUUGAUUUGUUUUUAA